CGGAUGGGAUGGAUUGGAGUGGGAUUGUAUUUGCUAGCAAGCGCAGCAGCAUUCUACUAUGUUUUUGAAAUCAAUGAGACUUACAACAGGCUGGCUUUGGAACACAUUCAGCAGCACCCUGAAGAGCCUCGGGAAGGAACCACAUGGACACACUCCUUGAAAGCUCGGUUACUUUCCCUGCCCUUUUGGUUGUGGACAGUUAUUUUUCUGAUACCAUACUUACAGAUGUUUUUGUUCCUUUAUUCUUGUACAAGAGCUGAUCCCAAAACAGUGGGCUACUGUAUUAUCCCCAUAUG